UUUCCUUAGGUCCUCAUCAAUGAAAUAUUCAUCACAGUCAAUAUUAUAACGGUUUUCAUCACGGACUCCGUUCGCAUUCAAUUACGCUUCUAGCUCAAGCGUAAAGAAAACAUAAUAAUAUGCCUUGUCUUAGUUUUCGUUACGAAAAGGAAAUCAUUUAUAAAGCUUACGGACGUUGCCUUGAACAACGGGCGACGACUCUUCGCCGCCGUCAUCGAUCUCGAUUAUAGCUUGGAGAUUAAAGUUGGACGAAAUAACAUCGUGUCGGGACGAAAGCUAUACACACACACACACACACACACACACACACACACGUAUAGUAUAUAAUAUAUAUAAUAUAUAUGUGUAUAACAUUGAUAAAGUGCGCUAAUCGAGCGAUCGUCCACUGACAGGAUGACGCGUGUCCUGUAUUUCUGCCUCAUGAUUACGAACAUCGUUAUAAACAUUAAUAUCAAAGAACAUUUAAAAUGUCAACCCGUUCUCUUCCUGGCAUGGCGAUACAAUACAUAUCGACACAAAACGUUGCGAUAUAGUGAUUUUCGCAUCUACGAAAGGAUCUGUCGAUAAUUCCUGUUCCCUUUGACAUUCGCUUGUGAUACGUGCAAAGCUUAUAUCAAGAUCGAACAAAGUGUAGAUCGUGUUCCCGUCUCCAAAUUCACCCUACAGUUAUAGAGCUUCGUAGCGCGUAACAAUAAGGCUUGGGGGUUGCGCGCAGUCAGAAGUGAGGAGGCUGUAGACUAGCUAUAAGAGGGACGCCGUGCGUCGCGACGCCAUCAGAACACCUGCCGCGCUCGACCCGAGCUUGGCGCAACCCCCACAAUAUCUUGCGCUGCCACUUCGAUCUCUCCACAGCGAUCGAAGGGCGAGGGAAACCGAUCCAGUCGCGAGGGAGAAGCUCCAGUUCUUAUUCGACUCGCUACGCGUUGUCACCUGUUUCUGUUUCUCCUCGAUUUUGUCGUCAGUGAGAGAUGUUCUCCAAAUCAACUUCAACAAUUCUCCUGGUCAUCAUCAUCAUCAUCGGCGCGACGUUUCACGUCGCGAAAGCAGCAAUCGAUAACGAUCGCCGUCAACAACAGAUAACAAAUGAAGCAGUUGCCAAUAUUUUAGCUUACGAAGCGGAAGCGAAGUCUUCAUUGGAGGUACCACGUGAGCAUUAUCGGCCAAUUACAGACUGUAUGUUUGUUACCUCAGAAAGCGGACCGUUCUCUUAUAUAUCGCCAACCGAUGACGACAAUGUUUGUGGAAUAUAUUUUUUAACUGAUCCCGAUCGCGUAGUAGAAAUACAUUUCCAUAGCUUUGAUGUUCCUUGCGAUCAUCAAGGACUUCUGGCAGUAAUCGAUGGUUGGGAAUUGAACGGCGAAGUAUUUCCGAGCGAAAGAGACCAUUCAUUAUCGAUGAAGGAGAGGACGAACGAGUUCUGUGGUAAGAAUAAAUGGUACAGGAAAACUUUUACGAGUUCGCAGAACGCUGCACUCCUUCAAUAUAGAGUACCUCUACGUGGGAAGGGCUUUGUUAUAUCCGCGAGAUAUCAAAAGAAUCCAAGACCUUGCAAUAUCUUGUCAGUAAGCACAACGGAUCCAUUUACUCUUCGUAAUUAUGGUAGACGGAUUAAUUGUACCCUGGUGGCAGUGUACCCUGGUGUCGUACAAAUAAUUGCUCUCGGAAUCGGCGGUAGCUCCCAUGGCGUCGUUCAUACAACCGAAACCGGCACUUUGCACAAAUGCGAUGCAAGAAGUCCGCGAGAUCAAGUGCAGAUCGGAGGCAGCCACGGUUUCGAUACAAUAAAAUUCGACGUAAUUGAUUCAAUUUGCGGCAUUGAUUCCAAACCUGAUAUAAAGGAGCUCGUAGCGUACGACGUAACAGUGGUACGACUAUUAUCGAGCGGUUAUUACGACAACUCAGUGACGGUGGCAAUAAGUCCAAUAGUAGACAAUAGUUUACUGGAUUCCGCUUCCGGUCUUUAAACUGAUUGCUUCGAACAAUUUCAUCAUUAUCCGCACUCGCCACGUGCAGCAUCUAUUGAUCUCGAUGUUUAUCUUCGAAGAUGCGGACAUAACGCCAACAUCGGAUCGUGUAAAACAUAGUAUCUCUCUGAUAUAGUUUACAGAUUAUUCAUGUAUUUGUGUUAUAUGCUAAAAAACAGCAUAUAGUAUAUACAAGGUGUUCGGAAAUUCAACCGACAACGAUCGUUGGGUAAGUAGAGCGGACUAAACUGAGUUCUAAAAUUCUUAAAGUUCUAUGAGAAGAAAAUAAACAAUUUU